AUGGCCCAACAUGCUCCGCUCCGACUCCAGUCACCAAACUGUGUGCGGGGCGCCGGCUUCUCCUUUGGCGGUGGCACACGCCGCCAGCAGGCCGCCAAUAUCGGCAAUAGACAGUCAGUCACACAGCGAGUCGUGUUCGGCGCGUUGUAG